ACAAACGGUACCAUAGUAAAAUAUAAAAUCAUCAUUUAUUUCCAUUUACGCUCUGUUCUUUUACCCUUCGCAUCACGUGAAAAAAUAAUAAAAAUCCAUCCAAAUAAUAAUAACUCAUUAUUUUCUCUUUCGAGGUUUUGACUUCAACAAAAGAUCUAUCGUUUCUUCAGAUGGCAAGUGGGUUUGGGGAAUCAACAAGCAGGUCACCCCCAAGCCCUCCCUACUCGAGCAAUAAUAAUAACAAUGAUGCUGGCAAUUUUGAAUGCAACAUUUGCUUUGACUUAGCACAAGAUCCUAUUAUUACUUUGUGUGGUCAUCUUUUCUGCUGGCCUUGUCUUUACAAAUGGCUUCAUUUUCACUCACAGUCACGAGAAUGCCCAGUUUGUAAGGCAAUGAUUGAGGAGGAGAAGUUGGUUCCUUUAUAUGGGAGAGGAAAGACGUCAACUGAUCCAAGAUCGAAAUCUAUUCCCGGUGUUAAUAUCCCUCAUCGCCCUGCUGGUCAGAGACCUGAAACUGCUCCUCCACCUGAAUCAAAUCCUUUUUCUCAACAUGGAUUUGGAUUCACAGGUGGAUUGGGUGGACUGGGAGGAUUUGCACCAGCAACAACGGCAAGAUUUGGGAAUUUCACAUUUUCUGCAGGAUUUGGCAGUUUUAUACCAUCUUUAUUCAACUUUCAGAUGCAUGGAUUUCACGGUGGAGCCAUGUAUGGCGGAGCAGCUGGUUUCCCUUAUGGAUUUUCUAAUUCAUUUCAUGGUGGCCAUGUUCAUAGAUAUCCUCCGCACAUAGGUCAAGGCCAACAAGAUUAUUAUCUGAAGAGGCUGCUGAUGUUUGUUAUUUUCUGCGUGGUACUUGCUCUGCUUUGGCAAUAGAUUGGAUAGGAUUCAGACUGCUGAUAGAGCCGGACUGAAGCUCUUAUCAAUCUUCCUGUGUGCCUUUUUUUCCUAUUAUUAUUUUGUAACUGUGGAGGUUGUUCAUAUCAUACUCUCUUGUUACUGUUGUAGUUCGUCUCUAAUUAGUUUAUCGAUCUUGAUAUGCAUCCUUAAGCAAAAUUUCAUUUCAAGAUAAUGAAAUCAAAUGCAGAUAUAGAUGUUAGUUUGAUGUUUAUAUGCUGAUAAUAUAUAGCUAUGGCAUGAUUAUGGAAAUUAUAGUUUUUUCUCUCGGUGUUUGUUA